AUGAAGUACCCCGAUGAUGCUUACGAUCGUAGUUGGUUUAACUUUCUUUCCACGAGUUGGUCUCAGAUUUUCACCACCCUCGAAGUUAGCAAUGAUAACAAUUAUGCUCCACCAAAAAAGGCUCUUGCAACCGCUGCUAUACCUUCCAAUCUCAGUGCGCCAUUGACAGUCAGUUGGACGCCGGAAAAACAUGGUGACCAAUAUUACUUGUAUAGCCACUUCGCUGAGAUACAAGAUUUACAUGCCAACGAUACCAGGGAAUUUGACGUGUUAUGGAAUGGAGCUGUUACUAUUGAAGCUUUUGUUCCUUCAAAGUUACUGAUUGAUACUUUCAUGAAUAAGUCUCCAGAGACUUGCGAUGGAGGGAAAUGUAGCUACCAGCUAAUAAAAACCUCGAAAUCAACUCUUCCUCCUCUACUAAAUGCUCUUGAGAUCUACACGGUUAUCCAAUUCCCACAAUCGGAAACAGAUGAAAACGAUGUGGUUGCUAUCAAAGAUAUCGAAACUGCCUAUGGAUUGAGUAGAAUCAAGUGGCAAGGAGAUCCUUGCGUCCCUCAAAUGUAUGCAUGGGACGGUUUGAAUUGUAGCUACACCGCUAUUUCUACACCUCCAAGAAUAACGUCCUUAAACUUGUCUUCAAGCGGGUUAACUGGAACCAUAGCGGCUGGUAUUCAAAACCUUACACUACUACAAAAACUAGACUUGUCAAAUAACAAAUUGACUGGAGCGGUGCCUGAGUUUCUAGUCCAGAUGACAUCGUUGGUGAUCAUAAACCUAAGAGGGAACGAUCUUACUGCUCGGAUGAGCGUUGAGCAAUCGGAAAGGAUAGUGAUCGUUGUGAAUCCUGCUUCUAGCGCCUUCUCGAUUCCUCUUCGGAGAGCUAGUGAUUCAGCUAAAAGAGGGGAACUAACCGACGCGAUCAUCUGUGCUCCUGUGAAUGGUGAUUCUGAUCGAUCACCUGGAAAGAAGCAAGCUAGCCCUGCUCGCUUCGUGGAGGCGUCCCAAGCAGCAUCGACAAAACAAGAUAACUCCGGUGGUGAUCUCGUGGCGUUUCGGGGUUCACUUCUCGAAGGUCGAGUUACCUUGUCUUCAAAGAUGAGUUUAUUACGGGCUGUCCAGAGAGUCCAACAGAUCCAAGGGAGGACGGGUGAGACUACACCUGAUGGGGGGAGGCAGAGGGCUUGUCUGAAGCGAACCAAUGCCCCUUUAAAGUCUACGCCCUCAGCUAUGUGA